UAUUUGUACAAUAUUUAUCAAAUUUUAAAUAGUAUUUUCUCAUACUUAAAGUUACAAUUAUCAGUCAUAAUAAUUGGGUUAUUAUCAAAUUAUUUACGUUUUUCACAGUUUAAUAGUAGAUACGCGUUAUUACAUAAACGUGAUUUUGGAGGGAAAUAACCGAUUAUAUGAAAAAAAGUUGAUAAUGAAACAUGUGCGCAAGGAGAUUACGAAUUAUUUUAUGUAUAAUAUUCAUCUCAUUUUUGAUAAAAUGUCAGUUACAUGCUAUUGUCGUUAUAACUAUUGAUGUUUUUAUAGUGUAGCGCAAUGUAAACUCUUUUAGACACAAAUCGGCUAAUCCGCUAAUACUUGUCUAUGGGGCAAUCAAUGUUUUUGUUAUCCCGGAACGUUACCGUAGUGAUUUUUGUUUGUAGUACUUACACUGGACUCGAUUGAAUGCGUUAAACUGUGAUAGUGUUUAUAACCUAAUUAGGCAAUUAAUUAAUUAAUCUAGUCAAUACUAGAUCGUGUCAUGGCAAUGGAUACACUGCAUGAGGUAUACCAAAAAGAACUUAAUAGGAUGUGCGAAAAACACCGUAUUGAGCUCGAAGAAAAUGAACAAAGACAUCGCGAUGAAAUAAAGCGUUUGUGUGCUGAAAAUGCUUUGGAAAUUACAAAACUCAAACAAAUUCUAAGAUCUGAAUACCAAGAUGAGUUGAAAAAAAUAAAAAAUAAACACGAGCAGGAGAUAGAAGAGUUGAGAUAUCAGUUUGAAAGUCGCCUUAAUGAUUUGAAAGAUUGCGAUCUAGACACAUUGACAAAACGUAUUGAAGAAGACAUUACAAAAACUCAAGUAAAACAUAAAAAAAUAGUUUCGUACUUAAUCAAUGAAAUUUACAAAUUAAAAAAGACUAUAAUAAGUUCAUCUUUUGAUGACAAUGAAAGGCCGUCGUCGUUAGAUUCGUACGAUCCAAAAAUACUUCGUGAGGGUGUAAAUGAUGUGGAUAUUGAAACUUCUGAUUAUGUAUUAUCGCAAGACAGUAUCGAUACACAAAUCAAAGAUCUUGAAGACAUAAUUCAAGAAAGAGAUGAUUUACGUACAGUUGCUAUGACUCUUCGUCAGUUGACCAAACAUCUUUGCUCAUUUCUCAUCGAUCAACAAGAAGAACUAAAUAACUCGAUAGUUGAGCAUAUGAAUGAAAUGGAAUGUGGUGGCAUUUCUAAUGGUGGAGCAGGUGACGGUUGCCAUAUUAAUUCGACAGAUGAAUUCCAUGGUCUUGUUCAAGAAUCUAGAAGUCCAAGGAGAGUACAUUUUGUGCCAAACAUUGAAGAGAUUGUAUCGCUAAUUGAUGAAAAUUCAAUAUUAGCUGACUUCACUAACGUUGACGCAUCUGGUGAUACUUCCAACCUAUUAAGAUCUAAUUUAAAUGCGUGCUUAGAAAAAUUGAAAGAAGAAGCUGCAACAUUAUCUGAUUUGACCACUACAGAACCAAAAGUCUUACGUCCGACUUCAGAAAUUAUUUGUCAUAAAUCCUUUUUUGACAAAAAACUGGAUUAUUACAAAAAAGAACUCGAGAAGCAAAAAUCUGAUUAUAAAAAGUUGUUUAUGGAAAAUUCCGCAUUGGAACAAGAAAAUGACUUCCUGAAAAAACAACUUGAUAACGAAGUUUCCUCUGCUAGUUAUAACAAGCAAUGCAUUAUUGGUAUUCAAAACAACAAUUUAAUGUUAUUACAACACAAAGCUCAAGAAUUAAUUAAAAACUAUGAAGAUUGGACUCCUUUGCAAAGUUUGCUGGACGAAUAUCACAAUGAAUACUGCAAAAUGGUCGAUGACAUGAAAAAUGAGAAAGAAGAUCUUACACAACAGCUGAUGGCAGCUGAUAAUCGAUUGCAUUCACUGAACUUAUUUCUCAAAGACCAAACGGCAGAACGUGAACACGAAAGAGAGCAAUACGAUUCAGAAAUGAAACUAUUAAAAGAGCAAUUGCGAGAUAAGGAAAGAUUAUCUUUGGGAGCCGAAGACCUCAAAACACACACCGAAAUGCUUGUGAAUGAACACAAAGAAGCUGAAGAACGGUAUGAAAAACUGAAAGCAAAGCAACAGAAAACGGAAGAAAUGUUAAAAGUGUCAGAACAAGAAGUGACAUCGCUAAAGGAAAUGAUUUGUGGAAUGGAACAACGCAUGGAAAUAUUUGCUCAAAAUGAAAUAUCCAAUAAAAAUUAUAUAAGCUCUCUAACGAAAAUGUUAAAAGAAGAACAAACUAACCAACAAGAUAUGCUAGCUGAAUUAGAUAGAAUGAGAAAUUUAUUAGAAGAACAAAAUCAGAGUUCUACUCCAGAAUUUGGCGAUGCCGAAAUUGUAGUCAACAACUUUAGAUUAAAACUCAAAGAUUUAGAAAAAUCAAUUUCAAAACGCAUUAAAGAACUGGAUCAGUUUUGGGUGGUCGAUGAAUGUAGUUCUCCAAUGUCUGAAGAUAUAUCUGUUGCGGAGAGAUCCGAAUUGCCGAAUAAUAUAAGUUUAGAGAAAAAUAGUUCUCCGUCUCGAAUUGUAGCGACUUUGGACGAUGUGUUUGUCAGAGUACAGGAGCGUUUAAGCAGAAUGUAUAAAUCGGAAGACGCCAUUUUGAAACACGAGUCUGAACAGCGGUUGUCUUUAAAAGCACUCAACAAACAACUUAAAGACUUGCAAUCUGAAGUUGAUACUUUAAGAACGAGACUCGCUGAAAAGAGUGAUCAAUUGACUGCAGCAAAAAUGAAAAUCGAUAAUCUCCGAGUAUUAAAAAAUAACGAUGUCGAAACGGCUACUUCACAGUUGCACGAUACAUUAGAAAAAAUUAUUAUGGAACAUAAAAAAUGUUCUCAAGUGUUGGAAGAUAAAAAUAAUGAGAUAAGUAAGCUAAAUGAUUUGACGAGGCAUCUCAAAAAUAUGCUUUCUUCUUACGAAUUUAAACUGAUUGAAAAGCAAGAUAUCGAUCCAAAAGCAAUCAGCGACCUUGAAUUAAAGGUUGUAAAGCUUGCUGAAGAAAAUAUGACUUUACAGAUUGAAACGAAUAACAAAACGGCUCAGAUUGAGACACUGCAAGCUAAACUUGAUGAAAUGCAAAUUAGAGAAGAGGAUGGAAACAAUGAAAUCGACUCAAACGGUUUUUCCAAAAGUAUUAUGACUAAUUCGCGUGCAAGUGAAAACGAACAUAUGAGACGAGCUGUGCCCAACGAUUCCAAUACUCUGGCUUCAUUACAAUUCCGGGAUCAUCAUCAUAAUGUAUCAAUUCGAGAACCGUCAAUGUCUAAUUUAAGUCUACCAUCUCCGCAAUUAAAAGAUCGGACAAAUAUGUAUACUACUAUGAAUGAUGAUUUGAAAUUGACAUUGGCGAAUACUAAGUUGGAAUUAGAAAAUAGAAAUGCUUUAAUAAAAAUAAUGGAAAAAGAUUCUGAAGCUAUGGAAACCCAAGUUAAAACAUUAGAGGAAAAUGUGCAAUUAUUACGUGUAGAAAAUAGCUCACUCGAAGAACGUCUAAGUAAAUUAAUAGAAAAUGAAAAUUUGUUAACCGAUAAACUUAAUGACGCUCUCUCAGAGAUUGAAAAAAAACAAAUAACGCUAAAAGAACUCGAAACGUUAGGAGUAAAGUUGAGAGCAGAAAUUCAACCACUAGAGUUCAUGAAAGACAAUUUAGAAAAGAAGUUGGCCAGUUUCAAAGACUGUAACAAAAAACAAACAGAGAAAAUCAAAUUUUUAGAAAACGUAAAUGAAGAACUCGUGUAUGAGUGUAAUCGCUUAAAGGAUGACCAAAUGAAAUUGUUAAAAUCGUUACAACACGACAAUUCAACAUUGAAGCGCGAGUUGUUACAAACAGAAAAGUUUAAAAUGGAAGUAGGCGAACAAAUUGAGGAACUGAAAAAUGAAUACGAAAGACUUAAAAGUGAAAAUGUUGCCUUGAGAGAAGACAUUGACAAUUUGAUGGUGGACAAAUCGCGUCUGAAGCACGAGCUAGCAAAAAUGGAAGAGCUACACGCCGCCGAGUUAAAAGGUUGCCGCGACUUGUUAGCCGAUGAACAAGAACAAAAACAUAAAACGAACAUGAAUCUGUUGAGAACGAUUGAAGAAUUAACAAAUCAAGCAACCGAACAUAAAUAUUUGCUGUCCAGUUUGGAACAAAAUAAAGAUUGUGAACUGACAACGUCAUUUUCAGAUUUUGGGUCUGACAAAAACACAACAGACAUGGUGAAAAAGACUAUGGCAUUAAUGGAAAAUGAUCUCAUAUACGAACAAAAAAAAUGUGCCGAUAUCUUACAAAGUUUACAAGACAAAGAGGCUGAAACUGAACAAUUAAAUGCCAUAAAAAACCACCAAGAAGAAAAAAUAGCUGAUUUCAUUCGGAGAGUACAAGCAGAAGUAAAUUGUAACACUGAAUUAAAAAUAAACGUAAUUAAAAUGGAAAAUCGCAUCAGGGAACUAGAAACUAAAUCCAAAAUCGAUUCGGGUACUCUUACAGAAUCGAAACAAGAAGACAGUAAUUUAGUUAAGAAAUUGUAUGAAGAAUUGAACAAAGUUUUGGAGACAAAUGUGCAUUUGGAUUGUGAAUUGAACAAAGUCUUGGAUACAAAUGAAAAUUUAGACCGAGAAUUAAACAGAAUAUUAGAUAUUAAAGAAGAAAUGGACGAACAAUUGGCAGAAGCUCACAAGACAAUCAAUGAACUUGAAUCGUAUAAACAAGAAAGAGCAACUUUAUUGGAACAAAUAGCAAAACAAAACAUGUCUAUUGGUAAUUUUAAACAACAGUUAAACGAUGCAGAUGAUGUGUUGAGAGUUCAGCGAGAAAGAGCGGAAAAAGACAAAAGAUUGUUUGAGUUAAAAAUCUUAGAGCUUCAAAAAGAACUUAAAGAUACAAAACAAAAACAUUCGGAAUUAGUCAAAGAGUUCGAAAGACUUAAAUCAAAAAGUAUUCAAAAACAACCUAGCAACGAGUGUACAUAUGAAUUAUAUAACGACCUAAAGAUGAAAUUGACCGAAUCUGAAAAAAAAAUUUUAGAAUGGGAAAAGAAAUACAAUGAUGCCAUUUUUGAAAAUCGUAACGUACAACAUAAGUUUGAAUGUAUGGAUGCAGAAUUUCAACACUUACAAAACAAAAUGGAAGUCUUGCAAAAUAAACUUGAGCUGAGUAAAUUUUACGAAGACCGAUUGAAGAGCGAUAUUAAAGAUUUUACUCUUCCAGAAGAUUUGAAACAGAGACAGACUGAUUUGAUUGUAAAUUUGGAAGUUGAGAAUGCAAAAUUAACGAGCAAAGUAAUGGAAUAUCGUGAUAAGUAUAGCAAGUGUAAAGCACACAUAGAAGAUAUAAAAACUAUGUUGACGAGUCAGAAUAUAAGAAAACUCGUAGAGAACAAUAUAGAACUUUGCAAAACAAGGGACGAAUUACGAACGCGAGUUGCCGAUUUAAACAAUUUAGUGAAAGACUUGACUCACAAACUGUCUCAAAAAACUGAUAAUUGGUGGCCUGUGUUAAAUGAUCGGUGUGCCGUGACUAGGAUAGAAUCACAAUACCGCUCGUUGGUAUGGCAAAAGAUGUAUUUAGUGAAACUAGCCAGUGGCAAAGACAAAUUAGUGAGGAUAAUGCUUCCUGAAUUAGAAGAUGGACUUCUUAAAACUACUAUGCAAAAAAUAUGUGGUAAACGGAAAAUGUCCAGAUUCAAGAUUGUGGCAAUUUGUAUGAUAGCCAUGAGGCGUAUGCAAAUGACUGCUGCGGCGAAAUAUGCAGGCCUCCAACUCGAGAAUACUCACUAUAGUUUACCAAGAAAAAUGCCAUGGAUAAAAUGUUAAAAUUGUGUUCCGAUAAAGUGCCAUCACAAUUUUUAUAGUUGUAUGUUUAUAUAUUUAUAUUUUAACUAAAAUGUGCCUUAUUUAUAAUAUAUAUUUGUAUAAUGAAAUUAUUGAUAUACGAAUUCAGAAUUUAUUAAGCUUACUUUUAUUAGUUUAAAAAACUAGUUUCAUAUUAUUAUUAUUAUUAUUAUUUUUAUAUUAUUUGCUCAAUUUUUGUUGUAGUCAUUACGUGUAAUAAUUAAAAAGACUUA